UUCGGUCUUUAGGGCUGAGCAGGAAGUGCCUGACUGUGGACCCUGGUCGAGCAAAGAAACGAGCGGAGGGGGGCAAAAGGCAAACAGAAAUUAAACAUGGAUAUGGUGGCGGACUUGGGGGCGAGCAGACUCUAUAGGGCGCCGGGUGAAUCGAGCCACCAGCAGCCUCAGAGAUGGUUCAACACGGCUGACAUCACAGUGGCUCACCAAAGCAACCUGCUGAAGCAGCUCAACCAGCAGCGCCGCCAGGAGCUUUUCUGUGACUGCAGUGUGUUGGUGGAGGGCCAGCUCUUCAGGGCCCACCGCAAUGUUUUGUUCGCCAGCAGCGGCUACUUCCGCAUGCUGCUGUCCCAGGGGCCCGAUGACUCUGUCAAUGCCACCUUCGACGUCUUCAGCCCAGAGACCUUCACCGUCAUCCUGGAUUUCAUCUACUCCGGCCAGCUGGACCUCUCCAGUCACAAUGUGAUUGAAGUCAUGUCUGCAGCCAGCUAUUUGCAGAUGAACAAUGUCAUCAGCUACUGCAAGAACUUCAUCAAGUCCUCCUUGGACAUCAGCGUGAAAGACGAGGACAGCGAUCGCUGUCUCAGCUUGUCUGAGACCUGCAGCUUUACCAGUGGAGCAGGAGAAGACUCCACAGAGCAGCAUCAGGGGCCCUGCUCUGUCAGCCCUCCGCCUGCGCUCUGGACUCGGGACAACUCCAGAUCACAGUCUAGCUUCAUGGGGAAGGACUCGGACCAGGAUCCUUCAGCCUCAGCCCUGAAGACUAAUCCAAGUAGCCCUGCUAAUGAGCUCAGUGCAGAAGCAGAGGACCUCCAGGACCCUCAGGACCCUUUGUACACCUUGCCUGGAUCAGAGCGUCGGCGUGGAAAAGGGAGUACAAAGAGGCGAGCAGCCAACAGCACUCGGUCCAACCAGCAUGAAGACUUGGACAUUCAGGAGGCAAGGACGCGAAAGGCUGAAAAGGCAGAGGAGCUUUACGCCACUCUACCACCGAUUGUGGGUGUUAUUGGACACUUUAAUAAAGGUGUGUGCAGCUAUUCAAAUCCUACCAUGCGCUUCAAAUGCCCCUUUUGUACGCACACGGUGAAGAGGAAGGCAGACCUGAAGCGUCACCUGCGCUGUCACACUGGGGAGAGGCCGUAUCCAUGCCAGGCCUGCAAUAAGCGCUUUACUCGCCUGGAGCAUCUCCGCAGCCAUUUUGAGACUAUCCAUCAAGCCAGGAAGCUGGUGUGCAGGAAGUGUAAGUGUCAUGUGACAGAGGAGACCGGGCAUGUGGUGUGUGAAGGCACGAGACGCUACCGCAUGUGCACGGCGUGCAUCCAGGAAGUGGGCUGUGACGACAUCCCCAUGAACAGCCUGGAGGGGCAUAACGAGGAGCCGGCCCUGUUACUAGGCGUGGACGGUGAGGAGGAGGGGGAUGCAAAGAGGAGCUGGAUGGUGACCGAUGACGAUGACCUGGCCGAAGACUCGGGGGCCGACCUCAUCAUCCAGCAAGUGGACGACAGCGAUGAGGAGCUGCAGUGAAACUGGACCAAAGUGCGCGUGUGUUCAGAGAUGUACCCAAAUUUGAAUUGUGUGUUUAAGGUGCCCCUGGUGUGCUACAAUAUUUUCAGUCAUUUUCAUUCUUGGAGCCUCGCAGUUGGUUUGCUGACAUAUUUUAUAGUUAGAGUUGGCACAAAAUGAUGUAGCGGGAAAUGGUGGCAGAUUUCGAGGCAGCUAGCUGCAUCUGGGUGUAGCUGCUAAAUGGUGACGUAGAUAAGUGACAGAAGAACAGCCUGCACUAAAAAUGUGUUUUUGUGGGGGUGGACGCAACAAAGAACAGGAGAAAAACCCCCAAAAAGCACAACAGGGGUACUUUAAAGCCAUGCAAGAGAGUUUAUGCAUAAAAUAUUGGAUUCACUCCUGUAAUAAAAAACACACAUUUAUGAUAUAUUGUGUAUUAGUUUAGUCUUUUUUUUUAAUGAGUUUGUUGAUCUUUGUGAAAAAAUGGGAAGUUUUCUGUUAAGCUUCAAGAAGAUACGCCAUAUCUGAAGCAUGCAUAUUCUGUGUUUGCUUUGCUUUAAUUAUGAUAUAAUAUAAUAUCCUUUCAAUAAGUUUUUUCUUUCAUGCGCAUGAAAAAACUCCACAGCUUCGUCCCUUCUUGAUGCUUUCUGCUGACCAAAACGGUGAAGAACAGAAUGAUGACCUGAAGGGAGGCUCGUGAUCGGAGUUUUAAAAAAUGUUUUAAGAUAUGCAGUAUGAUACAAACACCUUCAUAAUUUAUUUGUUUGUUUGUUUUUUACUU